AUGCAAACUGAAUUUGAAUCGAACGGUUGGUGUUUCGUCUUUUUACCAACUGAGCUUAUUCCAGACUCAAAUCUAAUCAAUAACAUAUGGGAAUUUUUUAAAUCUGGCUCUAAUAAACGUAGACAUUCACAAAAAUCGUCUGUAUAUGGUUAUUCUGUAAUAAAUCACAAAGAAGGAAUCAAAUUUUUGACUGGAAAUUAUUUUAACGAGUUUGCAAAUAAAGGAUUAGUACCAACGACACUUAUUCAGCCGUUAAACUAUCUUUCACAAGUAUUAGAUGCCGUAACAAAACGUUUAAUCGAAAUUCUUGAUCAAUAUUCAGUAUUUCAACAAGAACCAUCUUUGUCAACACUUAUCGAACGUGCCGGUCUUCCAUUCCAGAGUGAAUAUUUUGGUAUGCUUGAUAUUGUGUCCUAUUUCAACAAUAGAAAUAUUUUUAAACCAAUGAGAAAUGGACAAACAACUGAAGAAGUCAAUUGUGUUCCACAUUAUGAUCCAGGACUACUUUCAAUUAGUAUAUUAUCGACACAUGAAGGAUUACAAUUGAAAGAUAUGAUGAAUAAUGAAUGGAUAGAUGGACCUUUACAAUCAAAUAUUGGUGUUAUUUGGUUAGGAGAAGCAGCAUCUCGAAUAACACAAAAUCGACUUAAACCAGGUAUUCAUCGAGUCAUUUAUCCUCAAAAACGAAAUUAUCGAUUGACAAUGUGGUAUGAACUAUGUACAAUUGAACAAUUAAGAAGUAUAAGCGUUGAAAAGAAUAACGAACUAAUGGCUGAUGGAAACGUUACGUUUGAAAAUCUUCCUGAAGCAGCUCCAAUAACUGUUUUAUCUGGAGAGACAAAAUUGGAUUUCUUGAAACGGGUUGAAGGAGCAUAUGGAUUGUCAAUGUUUAAACUAGGUCCACCAAUUUAUUCACUCGAAAAACAUGUCAUUUCAUAUCCAAUAAAUAAUUUGAAAAUCGAAUAA